AUGGCAUUCCCGAACAUCUCCGAGCUUGCUACCAAAUGCACCUUCACCCCGAAUCAUGAGAAACAAAUGGUUGACCUCGUUAUCAAGAAUGAAAACAAUCAUCACAAAACUCAAGUCAAAUCGUCCCAAGCACUACAAGAUGAAGCCGGUGUUCGCUUUGUUGAGGUCCGGCGAGAAAAAUCAGUGAAACUCGUCUUCAAGGGAUUCCCCAAAGGCGGACAUUCGAGACCAUCGAAGCGCGAUCACUUCUCGGUCGUAUACUCUGUGCCACCUGAGGGAACGACCAACAAUGACCCAAAGAUUAUCUGGAAAAACCCGGGCACCAAACAGUCCCUUUCGACUCAGGGUGUCUACAAGAAGGGAAUCAAGAUCAAGUCCGCCGGCUUCAACGAGAAGGACCCGAGAUGCCCACUCAACCGGAGCUCGUCCUCGACAAGGCCCAACUCGCCAAGAUCCUUAGGGGGCAGAAGAGACCAUCAGGACCUCCCGUCGGCGCUCUUCCUCCAGAUGGACUACCAGGAGCCGGUGGACAGCCAGAGGAAGAGGGACCCGUUGUUAAUCUCGUCUACAAAAAAGCGUGAAGAGGAAGAGGAAGAAGAGCAGGACGACGAAGAAGAGGAAAACGAGAAGAAGCCACCACAUCCUAAGAAGUAUCGAAGAAGAUCACUUCUCAUCUCAGCGUCGCCCACUUCAAAUGACACA